AAACAUCGAUAGUAGUGAUGUAAUACUGGUGAAAUAUUGAGAUAUUUAACAAUCACACAAGUGAUAAAUACAAAGACAGACUACAUUUAAAAAUACGAUAAUUGUUAGUUACUGUUAAAUUUACGUAAUAGAGUAUCAUUGAUCGAUGAUGGACUUUAGCGAAGGGCACCAAAUUGAUACAGCCGCGGCACCGCGCUAUUUACGCCAUGACAGCUAACCUGUUUAACUUUGUGAUGUCGUUUUUAAGUUCGAAACAACUACAAAAUAAACACUAAACACGCACAACAGUUGCAGCUCUGUACCAGAAGUCUGCUGGUAUUGUGAUAACAGACAUGCAUCUGGAAGAGCCUUACAAGAAGUUUGAAAUAGCAGUAUAUAAGACAGGAGUGGGGAAAAGAAAAAUGAAUUAAUGUCACUGUGUUCGAGACACCAAAACAGUAAAGAAGAAAAACAGUUACUGCAAGUAUGUAAAUUACUAUAGAUAUGUGUUGGAAAGAAAUGUGAAAGUGAUUUACACAACACGAGACAGUGAGCCGGCAAAGUGGUUCUCUUUUUUUUUUUUAAUCUCAUAAUAUAUAACAGAGCAGUGUGUGUGUACUCACCUAGUGGAAUGAAAAUAGAUGAUUCUGCUAGUGACUGAUUUGAAUAGUGAUGUGUGAUGGAACCAAUUAUUUGUUGAUGUUUUGUGAACUGGAACUCAGUGGUACAAUCUACUUUCUCCUUACAUGCCAGCCACAAACAUAGAUAAUUUAACUUCAAUGAAAUAUUCUUUUAGUUGGUAGCAUUAUGUGGACUGUAUAGUAGAGUGUGUAAAUCAGAACGUGUGGAUUUAAAAGAACUUGUUUAAAGAAGAAUUGAGUGCAGGCCUAUACACAGUGGAUUUUGAUCAUAUGGAAGGUGGAAAAAUCAUUUGAGGAAGUUGAUUUUGUACAUUUUGACUUUACACGUAACACUUCAUUUACGGAAAUGCAGUUUGAUUCAAAUAUAAGAUAUGACAAGAAAAGACAACACAUGGAAAAUUAUAUGAAAGUGAAAAAUUGAAUUCAUUAAAAGAUGACAAGAGAGAGAGAAUGAUGUGGUGGUAAUCCUUAGAGGCACAAAUUUCCGGAGGUUGGAGAGAGCAUAGUGAUGAAUGCUGAGCAGCAUGUGCCUUCAGCUACAGGCAGCCAGUCAGAGGAGCAAGCAUCAGCAUCUGCUGUUCACAGAAAUACAGGAACAUCAGCUGAUUUACGUGUGGGAACAGCUGUUGCCCUCUCUAGUGUGGCAAAAUACUGGGUUCUCACAAAUUUAUUUCCAAGUCCACUUUCACAAGUUUACAUCCAGCCAUCUCGACAGGCUUGUGAGAACGGAAAGAACUCACAGGAAAGUGUUGCCCAGCAGACUUGUGUCAAUGGCCAAUCGGGUAUUGGAGCGGCGACAGACACAAUGGCAUUAGUGCCUCAUCACACAGAGCAGCAGCCCCAACAACAGCCUCUUCCCGUGCAGACACCUAUUGCACCAUCGCAAGGUACUGUUGCUACCAUAUCUCUACCAUCUUCACAUGGAGAGCUUGCCGUUUCAAUAAGUGUUGAAAAUAAAGUGAAACAGGACAAGGGAACCUGUACAACUGAGAGGUGUGGAGAAAAUCAGGUUCAUUGCCAGGUGCAGUGUGACCUUCAGUUGGUAAACACUAAUUCAGUCACACAGCCACACAGUGAACAGUUGGUAGCCCAGCAACAGGCAAUUGCCUUGCACAUCUCUCAGCAAUUACAACAGCAUCAUCAGCAGCAACAGUUGCAGCAAACUCAGCAGCAGCAGCAGCAACAACAACAACAACAGCAACACCAGCAGCAGCAGCAGCAACAACAACAGCCACAUCCAGCUCCACCACAACACCAGCAGCACCAACAAAACCAGCACAUCCAACAUCACCCUCUACAGCCACAAGUGCAUCAGUCACAGCAGCAACACCAGACCCCAUCACCACAGCUUCAGAAUCAACAACAACAGCAGCAAUUGCACUUACACCAUCAGGCUUCACAGCAGAGGCAAGCACACCAACCACCUCCACCUUCCCAGCCACCUCCAGCAGCGUCUCUGCCCCAAGGCCACCAACAGCAGACUUCCCAGAUGCACCAGCAACAGCAGUCACAUCAGCAGGCCCCACAGCAAUCACACCAACCUCACCACCAGCAGCAACAGCAGACACAAACACUUCAGCAGCAUGUUCCACAACAUCAGCAGCAGCAACCAAUACAUGCGGAACAAAUGUGUCACUCACACCAAACACACCCACAACAACCACAGGGCCAGCAGCAGCAGCAGCAGCAGACACAACAGUCACCUCAUCAAGCUCAACAGCAGCAACAAGCACAACAACUGCAACAGCAAUUACCACAACAACCAUUACAUCAGCAGUCACAACAAGGACAUCAGCCGCAGCAGCAGCAGCAGCAGCAGUCAUCAUCCCAGCCAAAGCAACAGCAGCAGCAGAUAACUGGCAGUGAAAAUCAGAGCAGGCCAGCAGAGGGUCAGCAUGCAAGUCGCAGCACGUCAUCCUGCUCUCGUGAAUCUAGUACUCAAGUAGAUACUAGCUCUGAUCACUCAGACAAAGAUGAGAAGGCAACUGUUUCAUCUGCAUCUACUAAAGAAGAACGCAUCUUGUUACCAGGGUUUCCAAUUCAAGAUCUUAAAGGCCACACAAUGGAUAUUCGCACUCCUGAUGGAAAUAUUGUAAAGAUAAGUGCUCCUAUUAAUGGUGAACAGGACCUAUCCAAGACACUUGGAGUUGAAAUGGUCCAAAACAUGUACAAGGUGAAUGUAGAGGAAUUCAACCAGUUGUUAGCGUACCAUGAAGUAUUUGGCAAACUACAAAGUGAGAUGGUUGCAAACAGUGCACAGGGUGCAAUGCUGUCCGCUGGAAAGUCUUGUGGAGAGGGGAGUGUGAGUGCUGUGGCUGCCCAGGCUUCUGCCAUCCUUAAUACUCCUGGCACACAUCCCUGCGAGGUCUGCGGCAAAAUCUUCCCGUACCGUUAUCAACUGAUUGUGCAUCGACGCUACCAUACUGAGCGGAAGCCCUUCACGUGUCAGGUGUGUGGGAAGGCAUUCUCUAGUGCUGCCGACUUAACAAGGCAUGGCAAAGCUCAUCUCGGUGGGAGCAUGCUGACUUGCUCAAUCUGCUUCCAUGUCUUCGCAAAUGCUGCCAGUUUGGAACGCCAUGAGAAGCGGCACUCAGCAGACAAACCGUACGCCUGUUCGGUGUGCGGCAAGACGUUCGCACGCAAAGAGCACCUAGACAACCACACCCGCUGCCACACCGGAGAGACGCCUUACCGCUGCCAGUACUGCACCAAGACGUUCACAGCGCAAGGAACACAUGGUCAACCACAUCAGGAACACACAGGUGAGACGCCUCACCGCUGCGACAUCUGCAAGAAGUCUUUCACACGAAAGGAACACUUCACGAACCACAUAAUGUGGCACACAGGCGAGACACCUCACGCCUGCCAGAUCUGCGGGAAGAAGUACACGCGGAAGGAGCACCUGGCCAACCACGUGCGGUCGCACACCAACGACACGCCAUUCCGCUGCGAGAUGUGCGGCAAAUCGUUCACGCGGAAGGAGCACUUCACGAACCACAUCAUGUGGCACACGGGUGAGACGCCUCACCGGUGCGACUUCUGCUCAAAGACGUUCACACGAAAGGAGCACCUGCUGAACCACGUGCGCCAGCACACCGGGGAAUCUCCGCACCGCUGCAACUUCUGCUCCAAGUCGUUCACGCGCAAGGAGCACCUGGUGAACCACGUCCGCCAGCACACAGGUGAGACACCCUUCCACUGCGGGUACUGUCCCAAGGCCUUCGCCCGCAAGGACCACCUGGCGAACCACGUCCGCCAGCACACGGGCGAAUCGCCACACAAGUGCCACUUCUGUACGAAAUGUUUUACCCGUAAAGAGCACCUCACCAACCACGUAAGGCAGCACACAGGCGAGUCUCCCCACCGCUGUCAGUACUGCUCCAAGUCUUUUACCCGAAAGGAACACUUGACUAAUCACGUGCGUAUCCACACAGGCGAGUCUCCGCACCGUUGCGAGUUCUGCGCCAAGACAUUCACCCGGAAGGAGCACCUGACGAACCACCUGCGGUGCCACACCGGCGAGACCCCUCACUGCUGCCACGUCUGCUCCAAACCGUUCACCCGCAAGGAGCAUCUCGUGAACCACAUGCGCAGCCACACGGGCGAGCGGCCUUUCGGCUGCGCUGAAUGUGGAAAAUCCUUUCCCCUUAAGGGUAACCUACUGUUCCACCAGCGGUCACACAACAAAGGCGCAGCUGCCGAAAGACCUUUCCGCUGUGAUCUCUGCCCUAAGGACUUUGUAUGUAAAGGGCACCUGGUCUCCCACCGCCGUAGUCAUUCAGGUGAUCGGCCACACUCGUGUCCGGACUGUGGGAAAACUUUUGUGGAGAAGGGAAAUAUGCUCCGGCACUUGCGCAAGCAUUCAGCAGUCGGUCAACAACUGUCUCUAGUACCACACCACCAUGGCGUUGUCGUUCAGCAUUUGGCACAUCAUCCUCCCGCGCUUCCUCCCACAGCUCCUCCUCCUGCCCACCCUCAAGCUGCUAUCCAGCAUCCUCCACAGCCACAACCACCGUCACAGCCACAACCAUCACAGCAACCCCCAUCUCAUCAACAGCAGCAGCAACAGGCACAGCAGCAGCAGCAGCAGCAGCAGCAGCAGGCACAGACCCAACAACCUCCUCCACCACAAGCACCACAACCGCAACCACCACCGCCACCACCACAACAGCAACAACAGCCUCCCCCACUUCCAGGACCACCUCAUUCCGCAGUUGUUGUACCGACACAAAAUGCUGUCCUAGCCACGUACUGAAUCCAGUAAUAAACUGCUUGCAGUUGUUAAUUGUUCCUGAGUCCAAUGAGUAUAAUAUUUUCAGUCUUCUAAUUUAAUGCUAUGUGCCAUAUCUGCCAAUAUUUUCAGAUUUCUUCUCCAACCAGCAUUAAUUCAGACAUUACACAGGUAACUUUUAAUAUGUUUGCAUAAUCAUGUAAUUAUUUGAAUUUUUUAAUACUCAGUAAGUAGGAAAAACAUUUUUUUUUUUUUUAGAUUGAAGCAAGAAACAGCAAAUUGUGUACUAUUGUGUAAUUUUUAUAAUUGACAGAGCCUCAGUGCAGCACCUGUUAAGUGAGUUUGUUCUUCUCAUUUGUAAUUUAAAAUAUAGUCCGCCAAGCUAAAAUGCUUCAGAAAUUUCAAUCAUGACUCACAAUUCGAAGAGAAUAGUGUUGGUUUGUGACUUGCCUGUGCUACAUAUUGUUUCAAAAUUUACAUGUGCAUGUUCGUUACAUGUCGGUACUUUGUUUCUUCAUGAUGCUUUGUGAGCUUAGAAUUGAUCAACUACUGUGAAGUUAAGAUCUGAGCCCCUUUUAGUGUAAGGAAUUCUUUGUUUUUGAAUCAAGAAUUUGAAAUUUUUAUAAUUGUGUAAUUAUCACUAAAGGAUUGGACACACACCAAAAAAAAAUGUGAUAGAACAAAUGGGUGAUGCAUUAUAGAACAGUGUAUAUUUCAUUCACUUGGGACCAGAAUAUUUCUUUCCGUAGUCACAUCAGAUUUUUGAAAGCACCAGCUUUUGAUCAAGCAUUGGUUAAAAAUGUUAGAUUUUAAACUAACUUAAAUCCCCUUACUGUUCACUUAUAUAUUAAAAGUUGGUUUCUUUCCAACUUGAAGUGCUUUUCAUGUACGUUGCUGGACAUUACAUUGACAGUUAAUUAUGGUGUUCUACUAGAAGUCUUAAAAUCUUACUUCAAAGUAGACCUCAGAUAGUUAUUAAAAUAAUGGUGUCGAUAGUAAAUAUCACUGCUAUGGAUUCACAGUAAAAGUCUGAGAACUGGAACUUUAUUUUCAUGAUUGUCCAGGACAAAUUUUUAAAGGAAGGUUCUUUUUCAUGGUACAAAUUAAUCAUCCUAAUUUUUUCUUGUUAUUAAAUAAGUAUUAUUUUUUGCAUCUCACAUUACAGCAUAUUUAAAAUACGACUAAAUAUUGUUCAUUUGCACAAUAUGUGUGCAUGUUGCUUAUUAGGUGUGGCAUAUCAAGUGAUUCAGUUUCUGAUCGCAAUAAUUAUAAAAUGCCUUUGUGUAGAUGUUUGCACGUCAGCAUUCUGAUAAAUAUUUUGUAUAAAGCAUGGUAUUUUUGAGAAGCUUUAGACCUUAGGAGAUCUUUACUCUAGUUGUGAUACUGUAGGUUUUAAAGCUUUUAGAUGGCAGCUAAAGGGGGAAAAAACAGUCAUUGCAUUAUUAAUAUAAAGAAGUACCUUAAAUCAGUGUGUGUUUGAGAGAGAGAGAGAGAGAGAGAGAG